GUGGACUACAACUCCCGGCGUGCCGCGCGCGCCUGGCGUUUCUCUGGGCUCCGCGCGUGGCGGCCACCGAGCGGCUGGGCGGGAGUCCCAUGGAAAAUGGAAGGCCUCCCGAUCCUGCAGACUGGGCUGUGACAGACGUCGUCAAUUAUUUCCGGACAGCGGGAUUUGAGGAGCAAGCCAGUGCUUUUCAGGAACAGGAAAUUGAUGGAAAAUCUCUGCUCUUGAUGACGAGAAAUGACGUGUUGACAGGACUUCAGUUAAAAUUGGGGCCUGCUCUGAAAAUCUAUGAGUAUCAUGUAAAACCUCUUCAGACCAAGCAUUUAAAGAACAGCUCUUCAUAGUAAAAAUGAAAUUGAGGUAUCAGUCCUCAAAACAAAAUACACAAUAAUGAAAUUUAGUUUCAUGUUGUGAAACUUCACGAGCAGAAUACUUACACGUGUAUAUGUAAUGACCUUUGAUCCAACAAAGUGUUAUCCUGUUGGAUAGAGUAGGCAAUCUAUCGGCUGGCCUGUCUCAGCCCAGAGGAGCAAAGACAGAAUGUACACACAAUGGCCGUCCUUGUCAAACCAAGUCAUCGUUGACUCUUAGGUGCCCCUCCCCUCAGGGCUUUAGAAUUACUAGAAUUUUCUUUGCUUCAUCGUAGACUGAUUGCCAUCAACUCCUUAAACAAGAGGGUGGGUGUGGAAUGAGGGAUCUGGGUUAUAGACUUAGAAAUGAGUACAAACAAAACUUCAUGGGGAGGGGCAGCGUGGGGGAGUGCUGUCUCCGUUGAGUUGCUGUGCUCCUAGAUGUGCAUCUGUGGAUGAAACUGCCAGCGCCCUUUUUUGUAGAGGGUUCUCUACCUGACCUUAAGGUUUCACACGGAUGUGCUGUUCUGUGUGAGUCAAACAGCCACUGAGCUCCCUGAAGGAGCAGAACUCUCUCUGCAAAGAGAAACUUGCUUUGCACUGGACACACCUUGCAAUCAACUCACUGUCACGGGGGUAAGAAUAUUUCCCACUUUUGUUGGUUCUUUGUUGCUGGGGAAAGCAUUUAGGGGCUCUGGGGUUUUUUUGUUUGUUUGUUUUUGAUUUUUUACUUUAUGGUUUGUAUUUAUAAUAAUUUCUUUCUGAAGCUAUUUGCCAAGAGUUAGUAGAUCCCAAAGCUUUGUUAAUAGCACAGGAUAUUUUUAUAUAUACAUAUAUAUUCCUCCAUGAUUUGUAAUAUUUUUAUAAAUGUCCUAUGCUGUGUUUGGUCCCUGGUUUGAGUACUUGUCUUGCUACAUCUCUGUUCAAAGAGACACUUGCUGAGAGAUGUUUGGCCAUGACUUGUUGAGUUGGUGCUUUGUUUUUGCAAUAAAACACUGCUUCAGAUCACCAA